GUAAAGAAAGAUAUCGAUUACAUUAUUCGUACAUUAUUACAUUAUUAGCAAGAUAUAUUUUAUUGAAUUUGGACCGUUAUGGGUAAAAAUGAUUACUGUGCUGUAUAUGGAUGCAGUAAUGGAAGAAACAGUCCCGAUAAGUUGAUCAUAAUGUCUCAUGUUGGCAUUCUACGAUGGCAUUCUCCUAAAACUGAGAAAGAUGCUAAAAGCUUGGAGAAGGCUUUGAAUCGGGGUGGUAAAUUCAAAAUCUCUAUGUCAACGAAAGUUUGCUCGAACCAUUUUGCUGCUGGGUAUUGUUCCGAUAUAUGCAGAAUACCGACGUUAUAUAUGAAAGGUUAUCAAUCAAAUCCGACGAAACGUUCACUACCAACUGAAAGAUCUUCACUUUUACCACCACCUAAAGCACGGCAAGUUUUUCGUGAUGGAUCUGAUGACUUGAAUUUAUGCGACGUACCAUCACAAACACCUUUUUUGAACGGCCAUGAUUAUGACAACGCCAUAGAUAAUGAACAAUGUUCUCGUAGUAAAAUUUAUGAAAAUUGUGAUUCGUGCACUUCGAAGCAAAACAAAACUGUUACCAUUAUACGUCAACAAAUAAAAAACAAGCUCAAACGUAUUCUUCAUACAAAUCUAAAAAUACUUGGAAAAAACUGUUGUCGAUCACACCUUGUGGAACAAUUUCGUUCAUUUCAAAAUGCUAUGGUGGGUGUGCUUCAGAUCGGUAUAUAACAGAAACUUGUGGCAUUCUUGAGAAAAUUAACCCCGGUGACAACUUGAUGGCAGAUAAAGGUUUUAAUAUAAGUGAUCUGUUGGUUGGAAGAGGAUCAAAAUUGAUUAUUCCUCCGUUCUUGAAGGAUAAAAUUCGUUUUACCAGAAAAAACUGCAAUCGAACCUCUAAUAUAGCUAAGGCUAGAAUACACGUGGAAAGGGCAAUAGCUCGAAUCAAAGACUUUCGUAUACUCCAAGGUGCAAUACCAGUUACAAUGAAAGAUUUAUUGGAUGAUAUUUUUGUCAUUUGUGCUGCCAUCACUAACUUAGCUCCACCUCUUGUGCCAUUGUAAAUGUUUUAACCUUAGGUAUUUUCAAGAAAAAAAAUUGUUAAUAUA